AUGGCGACGAAAGUUCAGUUUAAAACAACUUUCGAACCGGCCAAGACUAUCGAGCCAAUCUACACAGGUGGUGAUGUCUCUCACACAUCCGAUGGCUCGACCCUAGCGACGUGUGUCGAGGACGGAGUCUUGCUUGUUGACAUCAAGACAAGCAGGGUUACAUGUCGUAUUGAAGGGGAUGGCGAGGCUGUGACGAGCUUGUCGCUGGCUCCUAACGGCUCUUAUCUAGUUGUUUGUUCUCGAUCGCUCUUUCUCCGAAUAUAUGCCCUCAAGCCCUCGGAAGAUUCCCAGACUCUUUCGGCAAGCCUGUCUCGGACAGUUAAACCACAUGAUACUCCUGUUGUCUCUUCCACCAUCGACGCAAGCGGCUCGCUGCUGGCAACUGGAGGAGCGGACGGCACCGUCAAAGUGUGGGACAUUAGAGGCGGUUAUGCCUCCCACACGUUCCAUGGGCACGGUGGUGUUGUUUCUGCUCUGAAGUUCUUUGAGUCAAAUUCUCUUGAGACCUCUAAUUCAAAAAGCCGGAAACGGAAGAGUCGCGAUCUGAGUCAAAAGGUGAUCGACGAUAGUGCUCCUACUAGGUCUAUCUACCUUGCUUCGGGCGGCGAGGACGGAAAGAUUCGCAUAUGGAACCUAGCAACAAGGAAACCUGCUGCAAUUCUCGACUCGCAUGUCAGCGUAGUUCGGAGCCUGGACUACUCUGAAGAGCAGCAUCAGUUCUUGUCAGCCAGCCGAGACAGGACUAUAAUCCUCUGGGACGCGCAGACUUGGACACAGCAGAGAGUCAUUCCUGCGCUGGAAGUUUUGGAGGACUCAGGGUUCCUUUCUGGUGGACGUUUCUGCUAUGGUGGAGGCGAACAUGGCGCAGUCAGAAUAUGGGACGCGACUACCGGUCGAGAAGUCACCGCCAAGCAGAAACCAGGGCUGGAAAACGAUUCGAUCACAGCCAUUAUUCCCGUCACUAAGGAGGAUGCCCUUCUUUCCAUACAUCAGGAUCAGACGAUGAGAUUGCGGAGUAUAUCUUCUCUGUGGAGCCUUCAGCCUAAAGAUACGUUAGACGUCUUGCCCUUACUUCGGACGAUCUCUGGAACUCUGGACGAGGUUAUCGAUAUGGCUUGCGUUGGGCCGGAUAGGAGGCUGCUUGCCCUGGCGACAAAUACAGAGAGUGUUAAAUUAAUCUCUAUCGCAGAAAAUGACGAUGGGUCUUUUGGAAGCGACGUGACCCAGCUCGAAGGGCAUCAAGAUAUCAUCAUUUGCUUAGAUGUCGACUGGUCUGGGCAUUGGUUGGCCACGGGGGCGAAAGACAACACUGCGAGACUUUGGAGGCUCGAUCCUUCAACUUCAUCGUAUACUUGUUUUGCUAUGUUUGCAGGACACGCAGAAUCUCUUGGUGCUAUUGCGCUUCCGAGAAGUCCACCGGCGAGCGGAACGGCCGCCAGCGAUCCCGCGAGGCAUCCGCCGGCAUUCCUGCUUACCGGGUCACAAGACAAAACCAUCAAACGCUGGGAUACGUCGAAAAUGAAGUACGAUCCAAAGCUCACAGAGCCUCAAGCUGCCGCCAAAGCCUUGUUCACAAGGGUGGCGCAUGAGAAGGAUAUCAAUGCCUUGGAUGUCUCUCCCACGGCCCCGCUAUUUGCUUCCGCCUCCCAGGAUCGCACAAUCAAGAUCUGGUCUCUCGAAGACGGGUCCGUGACAGGAAUCUUGCGAGGCCAUAAGCGAGGCGUUUGGUCAAUCCGAUUCUCUCCGGCAGGAACUCCUCCCCUCAGCCUGCCGGACGGAGGAUCAAGCGGGUCAAGGCCCAUACUCAUCAGUGGUUCGAGUGAUCGCACGGUCAAAGUAUGGUCUCUGUCGACAUAUACCUGCCUCCAGACCUUUGAGGGACACAGCAAUUCCGUGCUGAAAGUCAUCUGGAUCCCGCCACCCUCUACGAGUCCCAAUUCUGAAGAGUCGUCGGAUUCGCGUCAGGCUCGGUCGAACCAACCAAUGAUAGCAUCCGCAUCGUCCGACACUCUUGUUAAGCUGUGGUCUCCUUACUCCGCCACAGACUCCGACCACCUCCUAACCACGCUCGAUAACCACACUGACCGAGUAUGGGCCUUGGCCGCGCCGGACUCUGCCCACAGGGACCCAAAAUCUCGCCAUCCCACAUAUCCAUACCCCUUGAUUUCCGGCGGUGCAGACGCUACUUUGACGUUCUGGCGCGAUACGACUGUGCAGACGGCAACAUUGGCCUCGAAACGGGCCACCGAGCGCAUUGAACAAGACCAACAGCUCCAGAAUCACAUUUUCUCAAAGAACUACCGUGAAGCGAUCACCUUGUCUCUGGCCUUGAAUCACCCAGGCCGUCUACUUCGCGUUUUCGAGGACGUGCUGAAUCUGCCUGAGGCCGAGAAAGAUAGCUCCAGCAUCAUGGGGCUGACCGCUGUGGAUGACGUUCUUGCGACGCUUGAUCAACAGCAGGUCUUCACCCUCCUCGAGCGCGUGCGUGACUGGAACACGAACGCUCGCACCGCAACCGUUGCUCAGAGAGUUCUAAACUGUCUCUUUAAGAGCUACCCGGCGAGCCUGUUUGUGGACAUGGCCAAAGACCGGAAACUUAGCGCAAAAGGCAGGGGUAUGAAGGAGUUGCUUCGUGCGCUAGAAGUUUACACCGACCGACAUUACAAGCGCAUGGAGGAACUAGUCGACGAGAGUUACUUAGUCGACUACACCCUCAGGGAAAUGGAUGAGGUUGCUGGCAUCGCGGUGGGCAGCGAUGGACUUUUGGCCAUCGACAACGGAACAGCCGGUAGCGAAGAUAUUGUAAUGGUGUAA